UUACGCCGUGCAGACGUCGACGUACGUCGAGACGCUUUAAGCGUCAAUGUGCGCUAAUUAUUUUUUUUUUUAAUUAAUUGAUAUUAUGAUAUUUUUUAUCUGUGAUUAUAAAUUUAUUUAUUUGCUGAUACUUAAAAUCUUAAAUUAUUAAUUUUUAUAAUUAAUUUUUUAAAAUAAUAUUUUUCUGUGUUAAGUUUUUUAACGAUUUUGUGAUUAAAGUGAUUAAGUAAAGAAGUAUAAUAAUGAUAUUAUUUUAUAUUACGAGAAAUCAUUUUAUGUAUUACAAGAUUUGAUAAGGUUUCACAUAAAUUUUUUUUUUAGUGUUUGUUCAAAUUGACUUGCAUAAUAUAUAUGUAAAUAUAUAUUAAGCAAUCACGAUAAUAUCGAUAGGCAAUAAUUUCUUUUUUUUUAAUCAUGUGAUUUUUUAAAUAUUUGAUUUAAGUUUAAUAAAUUUUGAAUAAUUAAGUCACUAAAGAUAAAAUUAAUAUUUUGAAAUUUUUAAUUAAAUAAAAUAUAUAAAAAUUUGAAUUUUUUAUAAAAUAUAUAAAUUAUAAGUUUUUAUAAAAAUGGCACCAAAUUUAAUUGCUAAACAUGAUCGUCAUGCUUGGGGGUAUCAAGAUACAUUAAUGUAUGGUCGCUAUACGAAAGAUUUGGGUGAAUUUGCUAAAGAAGAAGCACGAAAACUUAAAUCACACGAAAAAGCGCGUAGAAAACUGGAUAAAGUUAGAGCUGAAGACUUACGCAAAUCAAGACGUGGUCCGUUAUGUCGAAAAGCUGUCGCGUUGCUGGCAUGCAUUUGGAAACAUACUGGAGCGAGGUUGGGUGAAGAUUGGGUUUUUUUGGCAUUGCUGGGAAUUAUUAUGGCAUUAAUUAGUUAUGCGAUGGAUCGUGGAAUCUCAAUGUGUAAUAACGCCAGGAUAUGGCUGUAUCAAGACUUAACAACCCAUCCGGCAUUACAAUUCCUAGCAUGGGUAUCACUACCAGUCUGUUUGAUCCUCUUCAGCGCGGGAUUCGUUCACAUCGUAGCUCCUCAGAGUAUCGGGUCAGGAAUACCCGAAAUGAAAACUAUUUUACGAGGGGUCGCCUUGAAAGAGUAUCUGACCUUCAGAACACUAGUUGCCAAAGUUAUCGGGCUGACGGCAACCUUGGGAUCCGGAUUACCCCUAGGCAAAGAGGGUCCAUUUGUCCACAUAGCCAGUAUUGUAGCGACCCUGUUAUCAAAAUUAGUGACAAGUUUCCAGGGAAUUUACGAAAACGAGAGCCGUAACUGCGAAAUGUUGGCUGCUGCCUGCGCAGCCGGGGUCGCUUCCUGUUUCGCGGCACCAAUCGGCGGUGUUUUGUUCAGCAUCGAAGUAACCACUGUUUACUUCGCCGUACGUAAUUACUGGCGGGGUUUUUUCGCGGCUGUAUGUGGGGCAACAAUGUUCCGAUUACUGGCGAUAUGGUUCCAGCGCGAAGAAACGAUAACUGCGAUGUUCGCUACUAAUUUUACGAUGGAUUUCCCAUUCGAUCCGCAAGAAUUGUUCAUUUUUGCUUUAAUUGGGGUCGGUAGUGGGCUCGGAGGCGCUUUUUACGUUUGGUUACACCGUCAGUAUGUCAUAUUUAUGCGUAAAAACAAAAGCAUGAAUUUAUUUUUGCAAAAAAAUCGUUUUUUAUACCCGGGUAUCGUGUCCCUAUUGGUCGCGUCCGUGUCCUUCCCGUUGGGACUCGGUCAAUUUAUGGCGGGUGAACUGAAUACGCAUAAUCAAGUUCAGGGUUUGUUUACUAAUUUCACAUGGACUAAAUCUAAAUUAAGUGUCGAGGAAAUGAGUGUAGUAAAACAUUGGUCGACACCUUACUCUGACGUGUUUGUCGGGCUUUUUAGUUACGUUUUAUUUACAUUCGUAUUCUCAAUUAUUUGCUCGACGGUUCCCGUACCUUCGGGUAUUUUUAUUCCGGUGUUCAAAAUUGGGGCAGCUUUGGGACGGGCUGUUGGAGAAGCAAUGGCACUUGGAUUUCCCAAUGGUGUUCGUAUUGGUGCAUUCAAUACUCCUAUUACACCAGGAGGGUAUGCAACAGUAGGUGCAGCAGCAUUUUCAGCGGGAGUAACUCAUACAAUAUCUGUAAGCGUUAUUGUUUUUGAAAUGACUGGGCAAAUAACUCACAUCGUUCCUAUAAUGAUUGCCGUGCUUAUAAGCAAUGCAAUAGCAGCAUUACUCCAGCCAAGCAUAUACGACAGUAUUAUUCUUAUUAAAAAACUACCUUAUCUGCCAGAUUUAUUACCAUCAAGUUCAGGAAUGUAUAAUAUUUAUGUAGAAGAUUUUAUGGUAAGAGAUGUUAAAUAUAUUUACCAUGGAAUAAGUUAUCAAAAGUUGAAAGAAACAUUAAAAGAAAAUCGUAAACUACGUGGAUUUCCAUUAGUCGAUAAUCCAGAUUCGAUGAUAUUAUUAGGAUCGAUACAAAGAUUAGAACUAAUAAAACUUAUCGAGAAACAAAUUGGUCGCGAAAGACGGCUUCAGGUAGCACAGAAACUUCAAAAAGAAGCUGAAGAACGCGCUAAAGAAGAAAUGGAACGUAAACUACGUGAUCCAGAACGUACAAGACGGCCAUCACGUUUCGAAGUUAUUCCAGCGCCGGAUAUCCUUAAAAUGCAGCGUCAGAGUAUUAAUGAUUUAACCAGCGCGGGAAAUGGAUCCGAUCAUCACACGUAUCAUACGCCGUGUUUUGGUACACAGCCAAAGAAAUCAAUCCUUAAGAAAACAAACUCGUUUACACUUAAAGGAUUCAGUCCAUUGGUUAGUCCAGCGAUGACUCCCUAUACGACAGUGACGGGAGCAGAAAGUAGAAUCAGGCUGGCGUUCGAAGCUAUUUUUCGUAAGUCAGCUACACUUCAGGAUGUUGAUCCUGAUCCGGAAGUUGGAAAUGUUAAUGUUACAAGCAGCGAUAGUGUUGAUGAAGCAAAUAUACCUCCACAUACUCCUAUGCUGGCGCCAAGUCCUGCUGCUUCAAAAAAAGUCCAAUUGCCACGUGAAAGAGUGAUUGAUAUGUCACCCGAGGAUCAAAAACGAUGGGAAGAAAGUGAAAUGUCAUCAGAAGUUGAUUUUUCACGAUGUCACAUUGAUCCAGCGCCUUUUCAACUGGUGGAAAGAACUUCACUGCUGAAAGUCCACAGUCUCUUCAGUAUGGUCGGUGUUAAUCACGCCUACGUAACAGCCAUCGGUAGAUUAGUUGGCGUCGUUGCGUUAAAAGAGCUGAGGAAAGCAAUUGAAGACGCAAACUCGGGUAUACCACCAGCGCACGCAGAUAUUAAUCCAACGAUAUCUGUAUCCAGUUUAACUAAAAGUGAUGCUGAUACAGAGAUUAUCAAAGAUGAUGAUAAUUUAAAUUCAAUAGACGUUAUCAUUGAUGAUAAAUCACAUAAUAAGGUUGAUAAUAUUUAAUUAUAAAUAUUUUUUAAUGCAAAUGUUUAUAUCUUUAUCAUUUAAAUAAUUAUUUUAUUGUGAUAGUCUCGUCAAUUUUGAGACGUGACCAUAAAAAAAAUGUUUUUUUUUUAUUUUUAAUCAUUAUGAGUAAUUACGUAAUAUUUUUAUUUUUGUUCUUGGUUAAGUAGGAUUUUACGGCAGGCUCCGUAGCCCAAAUUAGAUAUUUAUUUUUAAUAAUUAUGUUUACUUGAAUUAUAUAUUUUACUAUAUAUUUAUUGAGCCGGAGAUUAUUUUUAAUGGUCACGAAUUUUUUUUUAAUUAAAAUUUUUUUUUAUGUUGAAAAAAAAUACUGAAAAAAUCACGGGGCAAAAUGGGACUGUUUAGAUAAAACGAAAAUAAAUGAUAGAUAUUUUUGUUAAGAUAAAAAAAUUUAUCAAAAAAAUAUUUAGUGAUUUUUGAUAAAUUUUUUAAAAAAUUGUGGCCCGAAGUCUGAUAAAAAUUUUGAAUGGAAGCUAUAGAAAUUAAUUUAUAUAUAAACUUUACAUACAUUUAUAGAUGGCUCUGAUUAAAAACUCCGAUUGAAUCCAAUUGGAAAAUUCUACUCGGAAAGUUCCGAAUAAACCCGAUUGGACUUUAAUCAGAAAUCGGAAAAACAAAUUAUUAUUUUCCGAUUAAAAUUUUAUCGAUACUUGGAAAACUCCCGAGCGGUUCGAAUUGUAAGUUUUUUCUGAUUGAAUCUGAUAGAAAUCCAAUCGAGUCUCAACCAGAUUUAAACGUAGUUUUUAAUCAGGGACAAGUCAAUUUAUAGCGGUCAUACUCCAUUUUGCUUAACCUCUUCCUAUAGUAAUAUUAUUUAUAAAAAAGCGUUUGAAGUUUGUGACCAAGGUUGUGCCAAUAUAAUCAAAUAUAACAAUAAAUAAAAACAAUAUAUAUAUAUUAACAAUCACAAUUUUUAAAAAGUAUAUAAAUAUCGAACAUUCCAUCUUACGUCUAAAUUAUUAUUUAGACAGCGAAAAAAAUAUAAAUAUCGGGAGAGAGCUGCUGCAAUUGUAACAAUAAGCACAGGUUCAAAAAUUAUAUAUAAAUUUUUUUUUUUUUUUUUUGUAAAUCAUGAAACUGAAGAAUUUCUAAUAAUUCAUGAGUUAUCUAAAUAAUUCUUAAAACUUUUCUUUAUUAUAAAUUUUUUUUAAUGGUCUUCAUAUUUUUUUAUAUAAUAAAAUAUCCUUUUUUUUAUAAAUAUGUAAAAAAUGAUAAUACUAGAUUUUUAUUAAUUGUUUUUUGUUGAUAUUUUUUUGUAAAUGAAAUGGCUCGAAGGACCAAAAUAUAAUUUUAGUAUGAGCUGUAAUUGUAACACAUUUACUGUACAUGCGCAUGUAGAUUGCGCACUAGACCUAACCUUUACCUGAGAAAAAUUGUUUAGAUCUAUAUAUAUGUUUUAGAUCAUCAUAGAUCUUGUUAGAUUUUAUGUUAUAUUUUUAGAUCAAUGGUGAUUUUAUGUUGAUAUACUUAGAUCAAUAUAAAAUAUACGUAUAUAGAUCAAGAACUUUUAGAUCUAAGUAGAUUUGAUUACCCUGAUUAAAAAAAAUGAUUUAAAAUGAUUUCACACGUUAAAUGUCCAUAAGAGACAGGAUUAGAAAUGAUUUGAAGGAUUAAGAAGUAUUUAAAAUGAUUAAAAAACAAAUCAUUUUAAAUACUUUUUAAUCAUUUUUUUUAAUCAGGGUAGAUUUUGUAGGCAGAUCAACAUUAAUCUAUGCAGAUCUAAGACGAUCUAAAUAGAUCAAUGAAGAUUCAAUAUUGGAAUACAUAAUCGAUGUAGAUCUAAGUAGAUCUAAUAGUAAAUGAAUGGAAUGAUAAAUUUAGAUCUUAUUUUAUGAGAUCUAAAAUCAUACAUUUGAUAUUCAUAGAUCUUUGAAGAUCAAUAGAGAUCUAAUAACGAACUUCAUGAAUUGAUACAUGGACAUUUAUGUAGAUCAUCAUCGAUCUGAAUAGAUCAAUUCAUAUCUAGCAAUUAAGAAAUAAAUUGAUCUAUAUAGAUCAUCGUAGAUCUAGAUCGAUCUUAGUAGAACAAAGCAGAUCUAAUAAUGAACAAAAUAAAUUGAUAUACAGAGAUCUAUAUAGAUCAUCGUAGAUCUAAGAAAAUUAAAUUAUCAACGAUAUAAAUUAAUAUUCGUAGAUCUCAUAAUAUCUGCCGAUUUCAAAAGUAUAAUAAAUUAUUAUAAAAAGAUCUAACCUAUUACUCCGGGUAUAAAUCAAUCUAAAUACUGUUUCGUAACUCAUAAUAUCAGUGCAGCUACAACUAUCAUAAAUAUUAUAUAAUGAUUUUAAUUUCUAAAAUAAAAAAGUUAAAAUAAUUUAUAAUAAAUUUUGAAUCAUUGAAAUUUCAUUUAUUUUAUGAAAAGAAGUACAGUUUUACUCAUUAAAAAUAAUUAUUUUACAUCAUGUUACAAUUACAGUCUAACGAUCAAAAUGGCAGCCCUUCGUCGCCAUUCUAACAUCAAACUAAUGAAUAAAAAUUAUUUUUUUUUUUAUAAUCGCAGUGACUCUCUCCUAUUAGUUAACAAAUUGAACUGAACAAAUUGAUAAUGCAUAAAAUGUACAUAAUAAAUUAAAUAAAAUUGUUAAUUAGUCGUAUAUAUAUAUAUAUAUAUA